AAGUCGGUGUAGAUGUCUUGUUAAUGUAUUUGCACACUAACACCGCCACCUCCAAGGUAACGAUGUCACAUGUACUGUUGAAUGGCGGGCAGCUAUGUUGGGACGGAUUUGUUGCUGUGGUCAGUUAGGGUCAUCUGACCAUCGUAAACACCACAGAACUACAAUCAAACGUCGAAAAGCUGCCCGUAGCACCAGAUCUAGUCAGAAACAAGUCCGGUUCAACCUAGCACCCAAAAUGCCGCCUUCAGGAGAAACACCACCCCCUCCCGAGAGACUCUACCCAGAUCUGACCCAGUUCUACUUCAGCGAGGGGCUACAGUUCGGCCCCCAGCAGACCCCAGCGGAACCCACCUCCCCCUACCAAACCCUGCUCCGCCCAGACUACCCCUUGUACCCAGAACUAACACAACUCAACAUCACAGAAGAGGAGGUCCGGGAAAUAGACCCUGACUACCCGACGGAUAAUUCCAACGAGGAUGUGGAAGUCAUAAGCUGUAUAGCCCCUGACUAUGACCUGGAAGAUGCAAGGCAGAGGGGCUACACCGUGAGGGUGAAUAUGAACAAAGUAGAAAGGAAGGUUCUCAAUGAUAAGACAUUCGAGUUCCUUCCAUCAGCCAUACAUCCUAAAGCCCAGCAUGAGUUUCACUCCUGGAUGAAGUGGCGUACCCAGGUCAACAAACAGCUCGUGGCAAUGAUCCUUAUAAAGCAUGGUAAGAAGGUCAUUGUGAGAUCAUCGGAGCUGGAAAGAAAACCUCUGUCUACCAAUACCAUCAGAUCCGUUAUAGAUAAUGCUCAUUCUUGUCAAAGACUCGCCCAUACUGGUCUGCCUGGCAAACCCUACAUCAUGUACGGUAUCCCACGGGUCCAGCUACCCAGCAGAACACAUCAGGUAUGCAUGUAGGAAAGAGUGACCCCACAGGACGGGUUUGAUGUGCUAUAUAGAGGAACAUGUUAAUACGUUCAUGCAUGUUUUGUGUUUGUAAUUUAUGAUGCCAGUGCUUUCAGUACAUUCUCAAUCAACGAGUGUCGUUUCAAACAUUCUGAAAAUGCCCCACUGACAUUUGGUUCUGGUGCUUCUGCAACAUGUCCCAUGAUUCCUGGAAGUUCCAAGAACUUCAAAAUAUAUAUUAUAUACACCAGAACGCUGGAAUGGUUUGAAGGAGGAUUUGCUUGACGACACUGCAGUGCAAUGAAACAGUUUUUCCGAAUCGGAAUGUCAAUUUGCUGGACCCGCUUGUGUUCUCUGUGAUGAUUCCUACUCUGAAAGGCACCAUAGCUACCAUUCGAAAUGUAAAUCCAUAUUCUGAUCUGAAGGUCCAGAUAUCCAACGUAACUGACACCAAAUAUGCACUCUGGCAGGAGUGGCAAUCGUCAAACUUCAAUCCCCAACAUCCCCAUUCCCUGUUUCUAUAUCGCCAUGGACUUCUAUGUCCAGGUGUCCUCAUUCACAAGGUUGUGCUGUACAGAGAGUCUGUGAGUGUAUGUGUGUCCUAGUCUACGGGAUUGUAGGGGUAUUAUAUUGUAUAACCAUGUAUAUAGUAGUGUCACAUGUCCUAUAUCAUAUUGAUGCUGAACAAAAGUGAGUUUACACUGGUUUGAGAACGUUAACACACACAUGAAGGGUUUACAGUAAAAACACACUAAACCCAUGAGAUCAUGGAAAAUAAACACUAAACCCAUGAGAUCAUGGAAAAUAAACACUUAACCCAUGAGACCAUGGAAAAUAAACACUAAACCCAUGAGAUCAUGGAAAAUAAACACUAAAUCCAUGGGAUCAUGGACAAUAUAUCCUUUGUCAUAUCCAUCGGCUAAAUUGCUAACAAUCCUCUGAAACAUCAUUAACCAUUUAUUAACGCGAUAAAUCGUUGUGUAUAUAAGUGUCGUAAGUCAAACAUGAUAUCUAUCUAAUGUUCUACGAUGUUUGACAUGAUGUUGUUUAAUAAAUUUUCCAUACUUUAUCGGCGAGCUCUUCCCAAACAUGCAGAUAACAUGUAAAACAUGGUGACAUAUUCUCAAAAGGUUUUGUACCUCAAUGUUCCGUACGUUAUCUUCGUCAACUCAUCAUUUAUAAAUCAAAAUCGGCGAAGGUGAAACUAGUUUUGACAGACAUACAAAGCGUACAGCAUUCUCUGAGGAAUCGCCAAUUCUAUCCAUAUAUAUCUCCGAUCAGAUGGACACAUUUUUGUUCAGCAUCUCAUUGUCUUUGAAAUGUACAUUGUGUUCUGAGAAUACCCUUACAUACUUGCUUCAUUUCAUCAUUGCCAUGAUCAUUGUAUCCAUAUUUUGAUAUAUAUAUAUAUAUAUUGUAUGCUUUAAAACACUGAGAAAUUCCAUUACAGAAAUGUGAAUUGACAGGUGUGAUGCGUUUUCUGUUUGACGUUCACACCGAUACAAAUGUGAAAUAAUUAUUUGAAUACAAAAUAAAUUAAUUUAAGUAUAA